CCACCACCACCACCACCACCACCACCACCACCACCACCACCAGCCCCAGCACCAGUACCCUCCCUCCCCCUCUCCACCUUUGACCUCCCCCAGCCCUCUGCCCUGGAUACCCUUGACUUGCUGGCCAUCUACUGCCACAGUGAGGCUGGGCAGGGGGAUGUGGGGUUGGUGCCUAUGCCCCCACCACAGCAGCCCCCUCCUCCUCCACCUCCACCCUCUCGCCUGGCACCCUACCCCAACCCUGCUACCACCCGAGGGGACCGCAAGCAAAAAAAGAGAGACCAGAACAAGUCAGCGGCUCUGAGGUACCGCCAGCGGAAGCGGGCAGAGGGUGAGGCCCUGGAGGGCGAGUGCCAGGGGCUGGAGGCAAGGAACCGGGAGCUGAGGGAGAGGGCCGAGUCAGUGGAGCGGGAGAUCCAGUACGUCAAGGACCUGCUCAUCGAAGUGUACAAGGCUCGGAGCCAGAGGACCCGCCACAGCUAGAAGGGUGGGGGCUUUGGGUUCCAGGAGAGCUGGUCUUCAGCUCCGCUCACUUCUGUGUCUGGCGCUGAGGUGGGACAGGUUCCUCAGUCAUCCCCCUGCCUCCAGCUUCAUCCCAAACCUCUCCCUCUCCCUCUUCUUGCUUUUAUUCAUAUUGCCUCUCUUGCCUAUUUCUCGAUUUUGCUCCCCAGAAUCAUGGAAUGUUUGGUCUUAGUCAACAUCUGUACCCCUAAAGUAACAGCUGAAGAGGUGAGGCCCACAGGGAACAGGGGGAUCUCAGAAACCUGGUCUCUUGAAUUUCAAACCUGAUUUCUUGCAGGUGGUUCUUGGUGGGGGGUGGAGUAGGCAUAGGAUGGAAAAGGGAAGCGAGGCCAGGACUCCAUGCAGAGUGACUAUGCAAAUGAGAAUGUAAGUCAAGGAGGGUUUUGAGGAGGGAUCCCAUAUCAUGUGAGCAAAAAAGUAAGCCAGGCAACCCCGGGGUACUGUGAUUGGGGAGGGAGCCAAAAGGUGGCCAGGUUCAAAGAGCAGGUGGAGCUGCAGGUGAACAGGAGGGAAGGGGCAGGGUAGGGGUGGCCAUAGUUGGGACCAGGUGUUCAUUUUAGCUCUGGGAGGAAAUCAGUGUUUUGUGAAGGUGUUGGGGGAGGGGUUGCAUCUAGGUGAGGGAGGGUGGGGACUGAUCCUUUUGGGGGCUGUGAACAGAAAUAAAAGGAAGAAUUUCCUCUGG